GGAAGAAGUAAGUAAGGUACAUGUGCUGUGUCUCUAGGUUGACUUGGAGCCAGAAGGGAAGGUGUAUGUGGUCAUCGACAUGUCAGGGUCGUCGACUGAAGCAACCAGUGAGAAUGAGGAGCGAGUAUUCCGCGAGCGGAUUGGUCCUCGGAGACGACAAGGGGCGGUCCGAAGGCGUGUCCACCAGGUGAAUGGACACAAGUUCAUGGCGACCUACCUACGACAGCCUACGUACUGCUCUCACUGCAGGGACUUCAUCUGGGGAGUUUUGGGAAAGCAAGGCUACCAGUGCCAGGUGUGUACCUGUGUGGUCCACAAGCGCUGCCAUGAGCUCAUCAUCACCAAGUGUGCUGGGAUGAAGAAGCAGGAGGAGACCCCAGAUGAGGUGGGCUCUCAGAGGUUUAGUGUGAACAUGCCCCACAAGUUCAGCAUCCACAACUACAAGGUCCCCACCUUCUGCGACCACUGUGGCUCGCUGCUCUGGGGUCUGAUGAAGCAGGGCUUGCAGUGCAAGGUGUGCAAGAUGAACGUGCACCGGCGCUGUGAGGCUAACGUGGCUCCCAACUGUGGCGUUGACGCCAGGGGCAUCGCCAAGGUCCUCGCUGACAUGGGCGUGACUCCCGACAAGAUCUCCAACACUGCUCAGCGCAGGAGGAAGCUGGCUCCAGGGCAGGAUCCUCCCCAAUCUCUUCCAGACCUCUCCCAAUCAGAGGAGAACAGCUUCAGCCAAGCCCCGCCCACCUCACCCUCACAGCAGGAGCUGGCAGAGUUGGCUCGUCUGCACCAGGUGCUGUCACUGGACCAGCAGGGACCAGAUCACUCUUCCUCCUCCUCCUCUACCUCAGCAGGGCAGGGCCAGAGGAGGAGCCUCAAGGACUUCCUCUUCAUCAAGGUCCUGGGCAAGGGCAGCUUCGGGAAGGUGAUGCUGGCGGAGCUGAAGGGCUCUGAUGAGGUGUACGCUGUGAAGGUUCUGAAGAAGGACGUGAUCCUGCAGGAUGAUGACGUGGACUGCACCCUGACGGAGAAACGCAUCCUGGCCCUGGCUCGCAGACACCCCUACCUCACCCAGCUGCACUGCUGCUUCCAGACACGAGACCGCUUGUUUUUUGUGAUGGAGUACGUGAAUGGGGGAGACCUCAUGUUUCAGAUCCAGCGCUCAAGGAAGUUUGACGAGCCGCGCUCACGCUUCUACGCCGCCGAGGUCACUUCUGCGCUCAUGUUCCUGCACCGCAACGGCGUCAUCUACAGGGAUCUGAAGCUAGAUAACAUCCUGCUGGAUGCGGAGGGCCACUGUAAGCUGGCUGACUUUGGGAUGUGUAAGGAGGGCAUCAUGGACGGGGUCACCACCACCACCUUCUGUGGCACACCUGACUACAUCGCCCCUGAGAUCCUGCAGGAGCUGGAGUACGGCGCGUCGGUGGACUGGUGGGCUCUGGGGGUGCUGAUGUACGAGAUGAUGGCCGGACAGCCUCCCUUCGAGGCGGACAACGAGGACGACCUGUUUGAGUCCAUCCUCCAUGACGACGUCCUGUACCCCGUCUGGCUGAGCAAAGAGGCUGUGUCCAUCCUCAGAGCUUUUAUGACGAAGAACCCAGCCAAGCGUCUGGGUUGUGUGGUGACUCAGGGGUAUGAAGAAGCCAUCAAGGCCCAUCCCUUCUUCAAAGAGAUCGACUGGGUGCUUUUGGAACAGCGAAGGGUUAAACCUCCCUUUAAACCACGCAUAAAGACGAAGCGGGAUGUGAAUAACUUUGACCAGGACUUCACCAAAGAAGAGCCUGUGUUAACACCCACUGAGGAGGUCAUAGUGAGGCAAAUCAACCAGGAGGAGUUCAAAGACUUCUCCUACUGCGCAGAGGACACACAAACCUAGCACACACACACAAAGUCACUCCUUUACUUUAUAGCUAUUGGUUGUUGUUACUUUUAAAAUAUUAUUUACUGCGUUGUUGGUGUUUGUGUUGCCUGGCUUUAUUAUGAAUACACACACAUGCACUCUUGUAGCAGUCACACACACACACACACACACACACACACACACACACACACACACUGCUUCAUGCCCUGAGGUACCUGGACCCUGGGUGUUAGGGUGACAGCUAUAUAUAGCCUAUGUUGGUUUGUAUUGUGUUGAUAUUGUUUGUUAGUGAUGCUGUGUGCAGCAUGGAGAAGCACCCUAUCUCUGGUACUCUUCUGAUUAUUGUGUACCAGUUAGGGCCAAAUACCCUUGUGCAAUACCCUGAAUAUAUAUAUGAAUAUAUAUAUAUAUAUAUAAUAUAUACAGUAUAUUUUAAUGUUUUUCUUUUUUUGACUGGCAAUGUACUUUAUUGGUUUCUUGUAUGACUGAAGCUGUAUCCUAUUGGUUCAAUUUACUUUGUACAGUUCCUUUCUUAUGUGACAUUUCCUCUGUGGUUAGUGCUGGCCAUGACUGAAUCAAAGUUCUGGUCUGCCGUAAAGACCAGCUCAUUCUCAACGUCUAACACGUACAAUCUCUCUCUGUCUGUAUGUAGAAAGUGUACAUUGGAUAGAGAGGACAGGCUAUCUAAUUACCUGGGCCAGCUUCCAGUGAGCCUUGCUGAAAUAUCUCCCCAGGACACAACCAUUCAUAGACUUGGUUCUGGGGUCUAAUCAGUUCCGUGUAUGCUGUGGUGUGUCUGUCUUGUGCUGUAUGUGUGUGUCAUGUUUUGAAUGUAUUUUGUCUGUUUCAUUUCUGGUCCGUGUCAUACGUCCGUGUCACUUCCUGUAGCACCCUCGUGUUCUGAGCAGGGGUCCUCCUCAGGAUCUAGCAGCCAAAAUCUUAGUGUCUGCUUUUCUAACUCGCUUUUUAAAGAAUAUUUAUCUUUCUUUGCUCUCUUUUUUAUUGUGACAAGUAUCUGGAAAUAUAUGUGGUGUACAAGACAAUACUCAACUUUCCUACACUACAUUGUAGCUGUGUUCAUUUAGUCAGAGGUAAUGUGAAAACAAACCAGCAGCAGAAUUAGGCCUACCUCUUAUUUUUUCUUUCAUAUACACACACACACACACACACGCUAAGACUGUUUGCGCUUCAUUGUGUCCAGUGUUCUGAGCAGAGCUGCUUGGCUCCUGUGUGCAGUGUUCUGAGCAGAGCUGCUUGGCUCCUGUGUGCAGUAGUCGGAGUGUAGUGACGCUUCAAGCACCCGGGGUAGAUCAGUUUCUGGUCGCACUAUUUUACUCCGUGCCAAAAUGUAGUGUAACAGCAGGACUGUCCUGUCUGGUCUGCUUCCUAAUAAACAUUGAGCUGUCUACAUAA